AUAGACAGCAAAGAAAUGUCACCGGAAAUAAAGCUCCGGAACGAGGCUCUCCGGGGGAACACGCAUCUGAUAUGCCCACCUUCCGCUAAGAUUGUGCGUAUCUUCACCAGCAGCACCUUCACGGACACCAAGCACGAACGGAACAUGUUAAUGAGGGAGGCGUACCCGAAGAUCAAAGAACAUUGCCGCAACUUUGGAUACGAAUUUCAGGUAGUGGACAUGCGUUGGGGUGUACGAGACGAGGCCACUGAUGAUCACAUGGGGACUGAACUCUGUCUCAGGGAACUCAGGCUGUAUCAAAAGCUCUCCACCGGGCCCAGCUUCGUUAACAAGGCUUUUAUAAUGGCAAGGUUCAUUUCGCAGUCACUCCUUUCCCACAAGUAUGGCUAUAUCGCGUUCCCCCGAGUGAUUUUGGCAGAUGAGUUCGAGUCUCUCAUGGUGCAGGUCGAGGACCCGGCGACCAUCCGGCUCUUCCGCAAGUGGUAUUCCCGGGACGACAACGCGGUUCCUCCCGCUUACAUCCUCGCAUCCAUCAGCACGCACCUGCCGGAUUUCAUAAGCAAGGACAAAAACAGGCAGAAAGUCGCCAAAGAGGAAUGGUGGAAGGAGAGCGAGCUCAUGCAGGACGCUCUGGAGUCGGCCGCAACCAGGGUUUUCGACCCGGAAACGGCCCGGAAGUAUAUUAUUUCUGUGACGGAGACGGAAGUGGAGGAAGGUCUGCUCAAGGCGGAGGACUCCAUCGCCAGACAGGCAAUCUGGCUUCGCCGGAACAUCGAAGACAUAGAUUGCCAAGAGAGCAGCUAUGCACUCUCCAGAUUCACCGAGUGCCUGGGUGCGCAGGAGAAAGUGGAGAAGGCUCACCGGAUGUUGCGGGAACUCAAGGAGCACCGGAUGGAGCGGCGCCUGAACCCCGACCAGUUCUUCCACUACAACGUUCACUGGGUCGGCAGGGAAGGUAUCGAGCCGGAAACCAGCGAAGAGCACCGGAAGUACCUGGCGCGCCUCUGCAAGGACUUCACGGACAACAUGAUAUCCAUGGUAACUCAGGCUAUCCGGAAGCGGAAGCUUCUGCAUGAUCGGCUCACCGAGGAAUGUCUGCAGCACAUCCGUUUGUGCCAGGCAAAGUGCGCGGAGUUCCAUGGACGUACCGAGACGCUGGAGCGGAUCAAAUCCUACCUGCUGGAUACAUCGACAACGGCCCCGCUCGUUGUGCACGGGAUCAGUGGAACAGGCAAAACGUCCAUCCUGGCGAUGUCGGCGAAUCUUUGCAAGACCUGGCUGAACAAGACACCAAAGCUCGUGUUAAGGUUUCUCGGUACAACCGUGGAGAGUUCUUCCGUUCUGCCUCUGCUACAGAGUCUGGUGCAUCAACUGAGUAUGCUGGGUAAUCAACGCCUCCGAAUCGGCCUGACCGUCGACCUUCUAAAAGUUCAGUUGAUGGUCCUUUUAAAGCAAGGCACGGCGGAGUGUCCACUCGUGGUCAUCUUAGACUCGCUUGACCAGCUGGACACCUCAAACAAUGGCCGCUCCUUGAUGUGGCUUCCGGCCUCUCUGCCGCCUCACUGCAAGGUCAUCGUAUCAUCACUUCCGGAGGAGAAAUACGAGGCGUUUCCGGCCCUCAAGUUGUCGUUUGACGAAGCCAUGCUGUGGCGCUCGUUCGACCCCCCAUCACGGACGGUGCUGCAGACGACAGUCCGUACAGCAGUCGACUUCCUGUUCGGUCGUCUGGAGAAACAGCACGGUCGGAUAUUGGUGUGCCGCGCCUUGGCAUAUCUUACCUUAGCCAGUAACGGAAUCACCGAGGCGGAGCUUGAUGAUGUGUUGUCUUGCGAUGAUGACGUAUUAAAUGACGUCUACACCUACUGGACGCCGCCCAUUCGCAGACUGCCACCUCUACUUCUGGUUCGCAUGCGGACGGACAUCGACCAAUAUAUCGUUGAGCGCGGUGCAGACGGUGUACGCGUGUUGAACUGGUAUCACCGGCAGUUUACGGAAGCUGCGCACGAGCGCUACUGCGCAGAUGACGCGCAUAACAAGCGUCUCCAUGGCAACCUUGCUGAUUUUUUCGCGGGAACCUGGGCCAAUGAAAAAUGCAAAAUUAUCAACUACGUCGGCAUGAAGCCAAUAUGUUUGGCAUGCAGCAUCUAA